AUAACGCAUGGCGAUGAUCGAAUAACGAGAACUCAGCGUGUGCGCGCGUUCCACCACCUUAUCGUCUUUGGUGUCUGCGCCCUCGGCAAAAUGCUCUCCGCGCCAGCGUCGUCGUCCAUUCGUCGUCGGAUAUCGUGCACAAGAUACAUACGUGCUGUUUUCCGAGUCCUGUCGCGCGCGCGAAGUGUCCGUGCGAGGUAACUCGAGCUUCUUUCGACGAUUGCAAGUACAGUCGUUUUUUAUCUUUUCACGAGUCAAUUUCUAUAAAAUUAAAAGCUCUUAAAGUCGAUUGUUUAUAAUUUGUCUCAUCAUUUCGAAAGAGAGAGUCAGAGGAAAGAGAGACAUAGACAGAUAUAUAUAUAUAUAUAUAUAUAUAUAUAUAUAUAUAUAUAUAGAGAGAGAGAGAGAGAGAGAGAGAGAGAGAAAGAAAGAGAGAUUAGAAAACUAGAGAGAUAUUUUUUAAUUUGAAAUUCAUCAAUCUAAUCAAUCCUUUCACAUGUGUUUCUUCUAAUCAUCAGUGAUCAGAUCUUUAAAUAUUUUUCUCCUAACUUGUCUGAUCACGACAAGUUCAGUUAAAGCGCGUGUUACUGAUCUGAGGUAUUUAAUCUGGAGCAUGGUGGAUCAACAGGAGGAGAUAUCAAAAAUAGUGGAUCUUAACGUGGGUGGUAUAUCUUAUACUACCACCCUGGAUACUUUAACUAAAGAAAGUAAUUCUCAUUUGGGUAUAUUAUUCACCGACGGACACUUUCUACUUCGAAAGGAUUCCACUGGCAAAUAUUUUCUUGAUCGCGACGGUACUCUAUUUCGUUAUAUCCUUGAUUAUCUUCGUGAUCAACGUGUCGUAUUACCUGAGGGAUUAAAAGAACGAGAGAGACUUAAACAAGAAGCGAAUUAUUAUGGUUUGUCUAAUUUGGAACGAGCCAUUGAUGAAAAGAGCGAAGAGGGUGCAGGAUCAUCGACCUGUAGAAAACGAGCACCUGGAUAUAUAACCAUUGGUUAUCGAGGAAGUUUUGCUUUUGGCCGAGAAGGUUUGACCGAUGUUAAGUUCCGUAAAAUUUCAAGGAUCCUCGUGUGCGGACGCGUGGCUCUUUGCAGAGACGUCUUUGGGGAGACCUUGAAUGAAAGCCGUGAUCCUAAUCAUGGUAUGUCAGAUCGCUAUACAUCACGAUUCUUUCUGAAACAUAAUUUUAUUGAACAAGCCUUUGACAUGCUUCAAGAACAAGGAUUUAAGUUAGCCGGUAGCUGUGGUUCCGGUACAGCUGGCGGUAAUUUUGAAUUACUUAAACCAGGUGUCGAUUCUGAAGAAACUCGUUGGAAUCAUUAUAACGAAUUCGUCUUUGUACGCGAAUAAACGCGUAACAACUUUGGCUCUCCUUUCGCGUUCGAUUAUACGCGAUCGACUUGAACAUCAUUCGACAAAGGAUGAAAAAAGGAUGGAAGGAAAGAAGGAAAGAAGAUAGCUGAUAUUACCUUCCUAAAUGGAAUGGUGAUAUCGUGUCGGCCAAUACUACGGAACGUUCAACCUCGAUCGUACGACGUGAUAAUAUCGAUUAUUCUUCUUCGUUUUUCGCGAAGACUUCCUCCUUCAUAAACUUCAUCAUCGACGUUAGUCGAAGAGAAGAACUUUCGAGGCUGCACAGAGAAUAGAAAGUAUGCACACACUGGUAUGGCUUGUUAUACUGAUCGAUGAACUCGAAGAUGGAUGGAUUUUCUUGUUAAGAAGAUCGUUCGGAGCUACCGGUAGAGAUUAUUUUGUCUUAACCACACAUUAAUUACAAGAGAGUAUAAGAUUAAAUAAUAAUUAAAAAGAAAAGAACAAAAAAGAAAAAAAAAGAAAGAAAGAAAGAGAAAAAAAAAGAAAGAAAGAAAGAAAGAAAGCAAAAGUAACAAAUACAAAAAAACAAAGAAGAACGAAUAGAUAUAAAUAAUAAUAUUAAUACGAUCAAAGCUCGACGAUGGAGAAAGAGUAUCAACGAUAUCACUUUUUCGUUGUUUACUCUUUUCCUGAAUCUUUGAAACAAAAAAAGAAAAAAAAACAAAACAAAACAAACAAACCAAAAGAAAAUAAAUAAAUAAAAAAAUAAAAUGAAAUAAGAAAAUGCAUUUAAAAUAUAUAGGUACUUACAUACAUAUAUGUAGAUGCAUAUAUACAUACAUACAUACAUACAUACAUACAUACAAACGUAUACAUUAAUGUUCUUCUUUUGGUACAAAUCAAAAUAAAUUCUAGCAAUUCGUAGAAUGGUGAAUUUCUAUAUUGAUUUUAUUGGCAACGUAUUUACGAUCGUUGCACACGAAUCUUUAUUCCGAUUCUACGAGAUACAAUGUCGAUACAGUCCAAAGGGAUUUACGUGGUACUGAUCGCGCAAUGGAUUUGAUAACGAUGAGAAACUGUCCUAGACCGGCGAAAGGAGAGACUAAUUCGUUCGUUCGUUCACUUUGUCGCUUCGUCAUUUACUACGGAACAAAGAUAAUUUUAUUGUCAGAUUGAAAGAAGGAGAAUGAAAGGAGAAUAAAAUAAAAGGGAGAUACUAUUUUACUGUUGGGUGCAAAUGUGGAACGAGGAGAGUUCGCUGUUAAAGUCUAUUAUUUUUGUUUUUAACGAAGAAUAAAAAUGAUUAAUAGACGAGAAAGUGGAUCCAAAGAUUUAAUAGAAUCACUUUUCAAUCGAACUAAAUUGAAUAUCGCGAAGAGAAUCCAAAGCUUUCCUCUAUCGGUUCUUAUAUUUCUUUUGAAUAAAAGAUGAUAAAAAAGAAGAAAGAAAAAAAAAAAAAAAAGAAAAAAAAACAAAACAG